AUGUCUUUUAUUUUCAUGACUCACACAUUAGCAUGGAAAUUUGUCCCAGAUGCACUAGCCCCAUCUUUGUCCCAGAUGUACUUGCCUUUCCUUUAUCUCCUUGAAGCACACAUCUCCAAUAUUAUUGGUUUGAAGCUUCCAAAUGCAAUUUUUAGAAGAAUGGACCUUUUUGCAACUCUGUUGAUUACUUGGGGAAAUACAGAUGUUAGUGAAGCUGAAAGCAACGAAGCUGGGAGUUUUGAGGAACUAUUUGAAGAUUUGAAUAUUUUUGUUGCGAAUUUGCCUUUUGAUGUUGAUAGUGAGAAAUUGGCCUUGCUUUUUGAACAAGUUGGGACUGUAGAAGUUGCUGAGGUAAUUUAUAAUAGGGAUAUUGACCGGAGUCGUGGAUUCGAAUUUGUAACCAUGAGUACAAUGGAAGAAGUUGAGAAUGGUUGUGAAUUGUGAUGUUAUCAAAUAUGUUGAAGCGGGAAACAUCUUUCAAAAAAUGGAGAAAAAAAGAGAGGAUGCUACCUGCAAUGUGUAUUACAAAACAUGAGAAUUAUGAAUUGAUGCACACUAUGAAGAGGAAGCUAAACAUAUCAAUCAUAUAGUUGUAACGUUUUCUUCCAUUUAGAGUUGU